AUGAGUGCGUCAGGCAUCUGGUGCGCGCUCAUCUUGCUCACGUUCACGCAAGAUUCCCUCGCCAGCCACCACGAGAAGGUCCCUGAAAUCGAAAAGUCAAAGGAGUACUUGCGGCAUCAAUUGAACCAUCGCUCGACGACCUUUGUCGACCGCAAGCUCGUCGACUCGACGGAAUUUCGCGCCGUUGAGACCCGCUCGAUGAUUAUUCAUCCGAACGCGGAAAUCGCACGUUCAGACGCGGAAGCGGCGGAGAUGCUGAAUCAUCCUUCGGAAUAUCAUCGCGCGGAAAUCCGUCCCAUAAUCGCGCGAGAUCGCCCUAUGAACCACUUCCGGCCGACGGAGAUCCAUUUCGCGUAUGAAAAUCGUUUACGUGCGGAAGAGUAUCCUACGGAAAUACGCUCGACUUUGGAGAAUCUCGACGGAAUUGUGGAAACGCGCCCGACGGAGAGCCGUCGCACUGUAGCGAUACGUUCGGCAAAGAUUCUUUCGUCGACGUCAGCACGUCACUCCGCGGAAAUCGCCCUCGACGCCGGGAAAGUUCGUGCCUCCUCAGCUGAACUUGCUGCGGAAGUUGCGGGAGAGCGAGCCACAAGAAUCCGCUCUGCGGAAACGCGAUCGCAAACGAAGGAUCGUCAUUCCAUGGAGGAAGUUUCGCCGACAGAGAUCCGACCGAUGGAGAUUCUCUGGACGGAGAUCGAGCAGACGGAUAUGUCGAGUAUCGAAAGAUCGCAGAUCCGUCACGGAAGAUCCAGGAGCCAUUUCGCGCGGCAGAAGAUAGAAGAUUCUGCGAGGGAUAGUUCGAAGGAUGCGGCAAAUAGGAUCAGAACCGACAUUCGCGAGGAUCAUGAGAAUCACUUCAAGACGCGUCAAGUGGAAAAAGUGAGUGAUUUUCUGGAAGGAUCCGUUUCACCGAAACGUAAUCAUUCUUGGCUUCUUGAACAAAAUUUCUCAAAGGAUAACUCGGUCAACAGCCAAUCUCUCGAUCAAAUUGAGAAUAAUGUUUCAGAAGGGCUGGAAAGUUUACUCAAAUUGUAUCAGGGAAAGAAAGGAAACGUUGCUGAAGAAAAUUCCGCUAUUCCUCUCACGCGUAAUCUUUCCUGGAUGAUUGAACAGAAUAUUUCCAAAGAUAAUACGAACAUCCGGUCUUCGGAUCAGAUCAACGAUGAGACUGCGAAAGAUCUUCAAGAUAUACUCAAAGUGCAUUAUUCUGAGAACCACGGUAUUUUGCGAUCGAAUCCCGAUUCCCUCAAGAGCUCUUACAAAGAUGACGCCCUUAGUAAAUUGAGGAAGGCAAUAUCCUUAAAUAGGACCGUUGUGCCAGCAGCUGCGAUAGACCAUAACACAACGGAGACACUCGGUAUCGAUGCGCUCGAGGAUACCAGCGAAUCCACCCGUGACCUCGAGGAGGAGAUUUCGCAAGAUGUGGUGUUGGACACAAGUUACGAAGAACCGACGAACACUUCAUCGCCCGAGUUGGUUCGCAAGAGUCGACCCCAAGUCGACAUCGUGACGCGUUUCUUGCGAAUUAUCGAGAACCAGCAUACUUUGGGUGAGAACUGCACCGCAGGCACUGAUUUAAACCUCGGCGAAGGCGUGGUGGACCAAUAUGCGCAGGAGAGGUUUAGACUAGAGGCAGAAUUCGCAGUCAAUCGUGCCAACAUGCUUACCAGGCUCUGGAAGUACGCGCCGGAAGUAAUGCUGUCCUCAGAAUAUCUAUUACACGCGAGCGUUCUCUCCAUGGUCGAGUUUGACGAAGAUAUCUUCGCCGCCGGCAAUUGUUACGACAAGUUACAGUAUCGGGAUCGGUGGUUAUACUGUCCGUUCGCUCACCGACUGCCCAAUCAGGAUGGCGUCCUCGUGAAGGAUCUCGCAAUCCAGUACAAGUACUUGAGCAAUAGCAGCGAGUGGUUCUACAUUGCAAGAAAGAAUGCUGAGAGGGUAAUUGCCAGUUACGAGCAAUUCAGUCGAGGAUUCCACACUUAUACGCUGAACGAAAGCGCGCACACGGAAAGGGAGGAGGACGAAAUCUUGACAGUGAAAUACGAGGAUGGCAGAUGGUCGAAACCGUAUUACGACUGUGGGGGUGGCAAUAUCUGGAUGCUGACCUACACCGUACCCUUCUUCGGAUACAUCAACGAUACUUACUUCUUCAAGGGUACCAGCGGUAUCGACAUAGACCUCCGCCGAGUAGACAUAGAUCAGUGCCCGUUGCCGACUGGAUCCACACAGCUGAACAUAUUCGCCGCCAGCGACAAGUGCAAAAAGCGCACCACUGAGUGCAUCGCUAUUCCCGGGCUUGGCUUCCGUCGCGGUAGUUAUCGAUGCGUUUGCAAACGAGGCUUCUACUACCCGGACACGAAAUCGGACAAGAGGUACUACAAUGGUACGGUCAUUGAGGAAGAGUACGAGAGAUUGAUGAUGGAUGAAAAGAGCCAAUAUGCCGUGAUUGGAGUAUUCGAAUGCCUGCCAUGUGCCGAGGGAUGCGAGUCCUGCGAGGACGGCUCGCCCUGCGUUGUAUCCCUGAACUGGCUGAUGCGAACGGCGAUACUUAUCCUAGAGUGCUGCAUCAUCGCUUGCCUGCCAGCCGUCGCUCUUUUCACAUGGAAAUAUGGGCAUGUGAAGGUGGUGCGAGCGGCCAGCCCGGUUUUGUUGCGCGUGAUUGUUCUGGGGGCCUUCUUCAUAUACUGCACGACUAUAGUUAUGUAUCCCAGGCCAAACAUCAUCACGUGCACUGUGCGCGUAUGGCUACGAGAAAUUGGCUUUUCUCUCACAUACGGGGCACUUAUGCUCAAAACGUGGCGAAUAUCCGUGAUCUUCCGAGUGAAAUCGGCAAAGGCCGUAAAAAUAACAGACGCGAGCCUGCUGAAACGGCUCGGUAUCAUCGUCCUGACGUUCAGCGUGUUCCUAAGCAUAAGGACAUUGGUCGCACCGCCCGUCGUGAUCGUCGCACGAACUGCUGACGAUCUCAAAGCGUAUCUCUGCCGAACUGACUGGUGGGACCACAGUUUUACCACUCUCGAGGUGAUGUUCCUCGUGUGGGGCAUCCGGUUGUGCAUCGUAGUAAGAAAGACUCCGUCGGAGUUUAAUGAGAGUCGAUUCAUUUCAAUGGCGAUUUACAACGAAUUUCUACUAUCAGUCUUCCUCAACGUUUCAAUGUUGUUCCUGCAAUCACCGGCCAAUCCGGAUUUAUUGUACAUCAUAUUUUUCUGCCAUACCCAGCUUACCGUCACAUUGCUGCUUUGCCUGAUAUUCGGCAGUAAAGCUUACGUGGUUUUCCGCGACGGAGGGAAGGAAGAGACGAUUGGUAAACUUUGUGGCGCGACCGGCAAGUUCUUGGGGAAAAGCAGUCGUCCGCAGGGUACUAGUAACCAGACGAACUCGAUAUCGCUUCAGCAGGGUAAUUUCGCCGAAGAAAGCGACUCUGUCACGGAGGAAUUUCGCCGUUUGCUCAAUCAGUUAGAGAUCCUACAGGAGAAGAACAUAUUAUUAGGAAAUCAGGAGCUGUCCAGGAAACUGGCAGCCAUGCUGGACGCUUCGAAUCGAGUCGAGGCUCAAGUAUCCACUAUUCAAGCCAUUUCAACUAGCAUCGUUCAGUUGAAUGAUCUCAAUAAAUCGACGAAAGAAACUAAUCUCGGACAAGCUUGUCAAGAGCAGGCCCAAACAGGAAACGGUUCUCGGAGCGAAAAUCGAUGUCGCGCAUGUAUUGAGAAAAAUGGGCUUGGAGGAAAGGAUGUGCGCGAUAUGUCGAAGGAUAAUGAAACGCCAGAGUCGAGGAAAAUCGGAAAAGACAUCGCCGUGUCAACAUCCUCGAAAUACCCUAUUGAGGACGUCGGCAGGGAAAUGUGUCACGGAAAAGACAGCAAAGAAUCUGAUUCGAAGGACAAAUCCAGGAGUAAAUCCGGUCACGCUAGGACACACGCCAUAGUUAUCAACCUCGAUGAUAAGAGCAGAUUUUCCGAGGAAGUUACCGUCUAA